CCCAAAGUUGAGAGCCGGCGAGAGGCUGCCGCCCGCCGGGAGCAGGAGGGAAAGGAACUCGGGGACGCGGGAGGGACGGGCACGGGCAGACUCACGGAGCCGCAGACCCUGCCGUCGACAGCCUCUCCCCGGAGCCCGCCGGGAGGCUUCCCAGCGCUAUUGGCUGGUGGGGAGGCUGAGCUGGUGAAAAGGCGCCUGGAAGAGACUCAGAGGCGACCAUAAUGUCUUUACGGCUGCACACACUGCCCACCCUGCCUGGAGCUGCCAGACCGGGCUGCAGAGAGCUGCUGUAUUUGCUGGUGAUCACGGUGACCGUGGGCCCCGGCUCCUCGGGGGUGUGCCCCACGGCUUGCAUCUGUGCCACCGAUAUUGUCAGUUGCACCAACAAAAACCUGUCCAAGGUACCUGGCAGCCUUUUCAGGCUCAUUAAAAGACUGGAUCUGAGUUAUAACAGAAUUGGACUUUUAGAUUCCGAGUGGAUCCCAGUCUCAUUUGUCAAGCUGAACACACUAAUCGUUCGCCACAACAACAUCACCAGCAUUUCCACGGGCAGCUUUUCCACGACUCCAAAUUUGAAGUGUCUUGACUUGUCAUCUAAUAAGCUGAAGUCUGUGAAAAGUGCGGUGUUCCAAGAGUUGAAGGUUCUGGAAGUGCUCCUGCUUUACAACAACCACAUUUCCUACCUGGAUCCUUCAGCGUUUGGAGGGCUUGCCCAUUUGCAAAAACUCUACUUAAGUGGAAACUUUCUUACGCAGUUUCCUAUGGAUUUGUAUAUUGGACGGUUCAAGCUAGCAGAACUGAUGUUUUUAGAUGUUUCUUAUAAUCGGAUCCCUUCCAUGCCAAUGCACCAUCUAAAUUUAGUGCCAGGAAAACAGCUGAGAGGCAUCUACCUGCACGGAAAUCCGUUUGUCUGCGACUGUUCCCUGUACUCAUUGUUGAUCUUUUGGUAUCGUAGGCACUUUAGCUCAGUGAUGGAUUUUAAGAACGAUUACACCUGUCGCCUGUGGUCUGACUCCAGGCACUCCCAUCAGCUGCUCCUGCUCCAGGAUAGCUUUAUGAACUGUUCUGACAGUGUCAUCAACGGUUCCUUCCGUGCCCUUGGCUUUAUUCAUGAGGCUCAAGUUGGGGAACGACUAAUGGUCCACUGUGACAGUAAGACUGGUAAUGGAAAUACCGAUUUCGUCUGGGUUGGUCCUGAUAACAGACUGCUGGAGCCCGACAGAGAAGUGGAAAACUUUCGUGUGUUUUACAAUGGAAGUCUGGUUAUAGAAAGCCCUCGUUUUGAGGACGCUGGAGUUUAUUCUUGUAUUGCCAUGAAUAGGCAGCGCCUAUUAAAUGAAACUGUGGAUGUCACAAUAAAUGUCAGCAACUUCACAGUCAACAGAUCCCAUGCGCACGAGGCGUUUAACACAGCUUUCACCACUCUAGCUGCUUGUGUGGCGAGCAUAGUGUUGGUCCUUCUGUAUCUCUAUCUGACGCCAUGCCCCUGCAAGUGUAAAGCCAAGAGACAGAAAAAUAUGAUAAACCAAAGCAAUGCCCAUUCGUCCAUUCUCAGCCCUGGCCCCACUGGUGAUGCCUCCGCUGAUGAACGGAAGGCAGGUAAAAGAGUGGUGUUUCUGGAGCCCCUGAAGGACACUGCUGCAGCAGGGCAGAAUGGGAAAGUCAGGCUCUUUCCCAGCGAGACCGUGAUAGCUGAGGGCAUCUUAAAGUCCACCCGGGUGAAAUCUGACUCGGACUCAGUCAAUUCCGUGUUCUCUGAUACACCCUUCGUGGCACCCACCUAAUUGUGUGCCUGUGUUUGUGUGGUGUCAUAAUUUAAUCUCCAUAUUUAACUUUGGCCCAUAAAAUAAAUAGCAGGGCAGGAAUUAGAUUGUUUUAUUUUUUGAAAUAAAGCCAGAUGAUAUCUUAAGAAGGUUGAUAGGGAAUGGGAUCAAGCCAUUGGUUCCCCGGUGUGUUAGAGAAGGAAGGGUUGUGUUGGAAAGUUCUGAGUUGUAGAUAACAAUCGCUCUGUCUUCUUUCUCACUGAUACUUCAGAGCUGCCCAAAGAUCAUAGGACUGAGAAAAACAAACUAUCUAUUAGAGUUCUUUACAAAUAGACUGCUAAAUUAUAAAGACCAAGGUUGAAUUAUUUUUAAAGGAAAGCAUUGGUGUACUAUUCCAUUUUAAAAAGAUGUAGAAGGAAGAACAGUUAUUUAAAAACAUUAGAGUUCUUUACAAAUAGACUGCUAACUUAUAAAUACCAAAGUUGAAUUAUUUUUAAAGGAAAGCAUUGGUGUACUAUUCCAUUUUAAAAAGAUGUAGAAGGAAGAGCAGUUAUUUAAAAAUGUAAAGUUAGAUCUGGGAGUUUUUUUUUUUUUUUUUUUUUUUUUGAGUUCAAAUCACUUCAGACCAGAGUAAACAAACUCCACACUGAUAAAAAUUUACUGAAUAAUACUGUGUCCUACACAGUAGUCUGAACAGUGGCAGAAAGGCUCUCUGGUUUGACUGUCUUCCUUCUGUUCUGUGUAUUCCCUCCAUUCUGUAUCCUGGUACAAAAGAUCUCAUUGAAAAUUUGAAGUCUUCAUUACUUGUUGCCAAGAAUAUAUAGCAAGACCAAAAUGUCUGCCUACUUGUAGCACAGUAAUAUUUGUCCAUAUGCUUGUACACACGCAAAUCUCAAGUUACAUGAACUACUAAGUCGACCCGAGUGUACUGUGCUUUGGACAUCUAAAUUAAUGUAAACAUGUGCUCCGUGACUUAGUGUUUUACUUGCUAUUUACAGAUGUAAAUCUAAGAUGUUUAAUGUGAUCUGAUUAUGCUUUUUUUUGUAAAUCACCAUCUAAAAGAAAUGCCUCAAAAAUUCUUGUCAUUACAUUCGUUUAUCUCAGUGAGAGUAAAAAGCUUUAAUGUGUUUUA